AUGGAAGAUGUGACUCUGCACGUGCUGAGAGAACGUUUAAGGUCUUCUCUGAGGAAGCGCAUCCAUCUCCUCAAGCCACGGAGGCCCAGCAUGAAUAUUAACUGUGCUGGGGGGACAGACUGGUCAAGAAAUCCAGAGUCAAGAUGUUCUGUGGAAAACAUAACUGUAGCAGUCCAUGAGUCAGAAGGAAGUCGUGUGCUAGAAGGUCACAGCCCUGCUGUAGUUCCCAGGACAGAGGGUUUAGACUCUGAAUGCCGACGCUCUGCUUGCCUGCUGAGUCCCCAGAUCGGCAGUGUGUUGUCUGCUCCUGAAGAUACACACAACUGUCACUUCCCAGAGGGAAGUAAGAGACAGGCAGAGUAUUUUAACAGCCAGGAACGCCACGGGUGCUGCACCUCGUCCUCCAGCAUCAGUUCCCAAACUCCAGAGAAAGUGACCCUUGUGGUAGAUGGGACUCGCUUUGCAGUGAACCCACAGAUUUUCACUGCUCACCCUGACACGAUGCUGGGGAGAAUGUUUGGACCAGGAAGAGAAUAUAAUUUCACCAGGCCAAAUGAGAAGGGAGAAUAUGAAAUUGCUGAAGGCAUCAGCUCAGCUGUGUUCCGGACUGUGCUGGAUUAUUACAAAACUGGAGUCAUAAACUGCCCUGAUGGGAUUUCCAUCCCAGACCUUCGAGACACCUGUGAUUACCUCUGCAUAAACUUUGAUUUCAACACCAUCAAAUGUCAAGAUUUAAGUGCUCUGUUACAUGAGCUCUCCAACGAUGGUGCUCACAAGCAGUUUGACAGCUACCUGGAGGAGCUCAUCCUGCCUAUCAUGGUGGACAGUGCCAGGAAGGGGGAGAGGGAAUGUCACAUUGUGGUGCUGACAGAUGAGGACACCGUGGACUGGGAUGAAGAUCACCCACCUCCCAUGGGAGAGGAAUACUCCCAAAUCCUUUACAGUUCCAAGCUGUACAGAUUCUUCAAGUACAUUGAGAACCGGGACGUGGCAAAAGCCGUUUUGAAGGAACGGGGCCUGAAAAACAUCCGCAUUGGCAUUGAGGGAUACCCCACCUGUAAGGAGAAGGUGAAGAGGAGGCCUGGGGGCCGCUCAGAAGUGAUCUACAACUACGUCCAGCGCCCCUUCAUCCAGAUGUCCUGGGAAAAGGAAGAAGGAAAAAGCCGUCACGUUGAUUUCCAGUGUGUCCGGAGCAAAUCUCUAACAAACCUGGUCACUGUGGGGGAUGAUGUUUCUGAGGACCAUGAGGUGAUGAUGCAUCACCCCCCCCAAGUAGAUGAACUCGACAGGCUCAAUGCUCCCUUCUCCCAGAUGGCUGUGAACGAUCUCCCGGAUUAGUGGUGGCUCAGGGUGGAUAGUCCUGCUUGAUGUGGGAACAUCUCAGCCUGGUUUCAUCCCAGGGGAUGGAACACAAGACUCCUGCAAGGUGCUUUCUCCUCGUUCAUGCUCUUAACUACCUUGUCAUCUUUCAAGCAUGUUAAUAAAGAGCCACGUUUCCUAGUCUAAUCGUGCAAUCCAAGGCAACAUCACCUCC